AUGUUUUAUUUUCAUCUCACAUGUAUCAAACUCAAACAUAAGUCUCAAUUACUCACCUCUUUACUCGCUCUAAAACACCUUGCAGCUAAUAUAACCUACACUAAAGCUGAUUCAAUUAAUCACCCAAACAAACAACAAACCUUAACGAUUGAUGAAGCAGACAUCACUAUUGCUCAAGUGACGAUACCUGCUUACAAUCCGCCUGCUCCUACCGCCACUCAGACACUCAUACAUACACAAAACGUUUACAUUCCUGUUCCCGUCCCUGGUCCGGCUUCAGCUCCAGUCAUACAUCCUGGCAUACCUGCAUUGCAAGGUCCAUCACCGUUCCUUCAUCCGUUAGCGGUGAUCUUAAUCCUCUGCUCGAUACUAGGAUUUAUAUCUGUUUUGAUUACUCUACCGUUUGAUUUACCCGGAAUGUCAUCUUCAUCUAAACCGUCAGUUUCGUCCUCGACCUCUUCUUCUUCUCCCAAACCUUCCUCAUCCUCUUCAUCGUCUUCCAAACCUUCUUCUUCAUCUUCAUCUUCGUCAUCAUCCAAGGAAAGUCCUAAGCCAUCAGCACCUCAACCUGUGCCCACUAUAUCAGCCAAUGCAUGGAUGAGCUUCUUCCUUUUUUGCUGUCUAGUCCUAAUCAUACUUCAAGGUCCAUUAGGUUUGACGGGUAAUUCAUUAGUUCCUACUUUACCUUUACCUUUCGGUGGUGUACCUACGAUUCCCGGAGGCGGAGUCGGAAUCGGCGGUGGCUGGGGAUGGGGCAUGAAUAAUGGUAUUGGGAACAGUUUCGGUGGGAUGCCAGGUUGCGUUGGAGUUGUAAGUAAUUACGUACCUUGGUGUCAACAACAACAACAACAACAGCAGCAGCCUCAAAGUCAGAUACAAGUACAGCAAAUCGUGCAACAGCAGCCACAGGUACCACCUUCCGUGUAUGGAGGUGUGGUCCCAGGUGUGAUAGCCCAGCCUCAACCCCAGAACCAGAUGGGCGGUCAAGGUCAAUUCGCUAGUCCAGGUGGCGGUGGUGGAUGGAGUUGGUAUAGUGAUCAACCUGGUAGUCAAGUAGUGAGACAACAACCCGCUUAUUACCCUGCACAACAAGCACAACAAAGGACAGUGCAAUAUCAAAGACCAGGACUUCAAGUUCAAGUCAAUCAAGCUCGUGGUGGCUACCCUAUUCAAGGAGGAGCAGGAGGUGGAAAUGUUAAUAUUCAAUCACAGCAUAUCGGUUCGAAUCCACCACAACCACCAAUUCAAGCUUUACCUGUCACAGCGCCGCCAUCAGCUAUAACAGGAAUGGCAAAUCUAGAGAACGCGUUCUACCCUUUGUUGGUUGGAGCAAUAGCACUAUUGGUGCUGUUCGAUUACGCUUCAUAA